CACUGAAUAGUGUACUUUAGUUGCAAGUAGUUUACAGCAAAGAUAACCUAAAGUAUAUUUAUGUUGUAUAACUACCUAUUUAUUUGUGUCCUAUAAUAUAUUUUGUGUUAAUAAUCUUAUUGCAUUAAACCAGAAACAUGUCGGAGCGUAAAGUUUUAAACAAAUAUUAUCCGCCGGAUUUUGAUCCGUCAAAAAUCCCUCGUAUGAAAUUAGCCCGAAAUAGACAAUAUACAGUUCGUUUGAUGGCUCCUUUCAAUAUGAGAUGCAAAACUUGCGGUGAAUACAUUUACAAAGGAAAAAAAUUUAAUGCUCGUAAAGAAGAUGUCGAAGGUGAUGAUUAUUUAGGAAUACGAAUUUACAGGUUUUACAUAAAAUGUACUAGAUGCCUGCAAGAAAUAAGUUUUAAAACAGAUCCCAAGAAUACGGAUUAUGAGAUUGAAGCGGGUGCAACCAGAAAUUUUAUGGCCUUAAAGUUAGCGGAAGAACAAGCGCAGAGAGAGGAAGAUGAAGAAAAAGAGGAAGAAGCUACCAAUCCGAUGAAACUCUUAGAGAAGAGAACAUUGCAAUCGAAACAAGAAUUGGAAUUGUUAGAAUCUUUAGAGGAAUUGAAAGACUUGAAUCGUAGACAACAAACUAUCGAUUAUGAUCAAAUGUUAGAACAAUUUGAUACAGAUGCAGCCAAGCAAAGAACAGAGAAAGAGCAAGAAGAAUAUGACGAAGAGUGUGUUAAAGCGAUAUUUGGUAAAAAAAUUGUUGUAGAAGAAGAAAUUGUGGAAUUAGAUGAGAGCGAAAGCAGUGAACCAGCAAAAAAGGUAAUGAAAAGAAGUAAAAGUAAAACUGAAAAUAAUAAGUUUCAAUCUACAACAGACGAAGAAAAGCCUAAGGAAACUCAAAGAAUAAAACCAUCUGAAACAUCAUUGUGGUCUGAAAGUACACCGUCAUCGUCAAAUAGAAAAAGUUUGCUAGGCAUAGUUAAAAGAAAAACAAAUUUAGUAAAUACCAAAGUAAAUUCAAACGCCGUAGUUGCCAGUACCGAUAAGGAAGAUACGCAAACUGUGGCAAGAAAAGAAACUGACGCUUCUACGGAAGAAAGUAAAAAUCCAAACAAAAAUACGUCUGAAAGUAUGCAUAAGCCGACGAGCAAUAAUGGUCUGUCUUUACUGGGUGCAUAUUCUGGCAGCAGUGAUAAUGACAGUGAUUAACAUAACGUUUGAUAAAUUGUACGCAUAAUUUAAUUUUAUUAAUUUUAUUAUAAAAUAAAGUAUACAUAUAAAAUGUA